AAAUAAAACGCUGCAGAUGGAAAAGAUAAAAGCUCGCUUGAAGGCAGAAUUUGAGGCUCUGGAAUCCGAGGAGAGGCACCUGAAGGAGUACAAGCAGGAGAUGGAUCUCUUGCUGCAGGAAAAGAUGGCUCACGUGGAGGAACUGAGACUCAUCCAUGCUGACAUCAAUGUUAUGGAAAACACGAUCAAACAGUCCGAGAAUGACCUGAACAAGCUCCUGGAAUCAACACGCCGUCUCCAUGAGGAAUACAAGCCUCUCAAAGAACAUGUGGAUGCUCUGAGAAUGACUUUGGGUUUGCAAAGGUUGCCUGAUUUGUGUGAAGAGGAAGAAAAACUUUCUCUUGAGCUUUAUGAUCUGUCUAGUUACUUUGAAAAGCAGAAAGCUGAAUGGCAGACGGAGCCACAGGAACCUCCAAUUCCAGAAUCCUUGGCUGCAGCAGCAGCAGCUGCUCAACAGUUGCAAGUGGCCCGGAAACAGGAUACGAGGCAAACGGCCACUUUCAGACAACAGCCACCUCCAAUGAAGGCAUGUCUCUCCUGCCACCAACAGAUCCACCGAAACGCCCCCAUCUGUCCUCUCUGCAAAGCCAAGAGCCGGUCACGUAAUCCGAAGAAACCCAAGAGGAAGCAAGAUGAAUGAAAAAUCACAGAACAGUCUCGUCCAGCCACCCCAUCCCAGACCAGAAGACCUUUUCCUUCUUUUGUGGUAGACCUGUCCAGAUGAUCUACAUUUGUUGGCUUGUGAAACCUGAGUGUGACUUAAGCUUUUGUUCCGUUUAAUGUGUCAGCACCCUUGUGCAGUCUGUUGAGUGACGCUGGUUUUCAGCAAAUCUGGGAAGAAGCUGCUUUUGGUGGAGACGUGAAGAGCAGAUAGUGCUACCUUUGGACCCUGCACACCCACAGGGGCUAUGCCCUCCUGAUGGCAAACAUUUUGUGCAGAGAAUGUAAUGGGUGGCUUGACUCCUCUUUAACAGCAUGUGCUUAAAAAGCAAAUGGAUUUCAAGCCCCCCUUUUUAUUCAACUGAUCAAAGGCCCAUUGUUUCCAUGACUUGUUUAUUUUUUUUAUCAGGACAGUAUUUUUGCACCAAGACUAUACUUUUCCAUUCAGUCUCCAAUGCUCAAGAGUCUUUUCAUAGAGAUGUCAGGAUAUGUAAUGUUUGCUUGGGUUUGUGCUUGGUAUAACUUGGUUUUGUGCCUACGUAUAACUAAAUAAGAUGCGAUAACUCAACAGUUGAAGAAGCUGAGCUUAUAGUCUGGGUUUGAGACCCAAGCGCCUUGGGAUAGGGUGAGCUCCUGUUCUUUACUCCAGCUCCUGUCCAUCUAGAAGUUCAAAAGCAUGCAAUUGCAAGUCUAUAAAUAGAUUUUACUUGGGGGGAAGAUAACAGUGAUUUGUGCACCUUUGGCAUAUAGCCAUACUGGUCACAUAACGAAGGAAGUGUCUGCAAACAAUGCUGACUUCCUAAGAAACAGAUGAGCAUCGCCCCCUAGAAGCAGACAUGACUUGACAAAACUACUGAAGUUCUGUUACCCAGAACUACUGAAGAACUGUGUAGCUUCUGAAUUCCCUGCAUAAUCAUCUCUAAUGUGACUCCCUUUUCCUUUUCCUGCUGCAACAUCGUCUGUAUUGAUCUUUGUCCUCCUGCUGGUGAGGAGGGUGUAGUUGUUGCAGAACCAAUGGUUAUUACUUUUUUACUCAUCUUCAAAUUCUUCUGUGUUCUAAUCCACUAGGUAUGGGUAUCAAUUGUCCAAAAUGACCAUAACAUGGUCAAAAAAUAAGAAAUAGGAAAAGAAUUAACAAAAAGAGGCAAUAGUCCAAAAAAAAACACAGGAAAAAAAGUAAAGAAGGGGGAGGGAAAAAAGAAAACAUACUGAGAAGAACCUUAUCCAAUUUAAUCCAAUUUGAAAAAAGGAAAAAUAUGAAAACAAGGGAAAAAGAAAAAAACAAUUAAAAAUGAUCCCCAAAUUAAAAAAAUCACAAUGUGAAAAAGCAAAGAUUGUGCAGAAAAAAUAUUUAAAUUCCCCCUUUGUCCAAUUCAAUGGAAAACAAAAUAGCUGGUAUCUCCCAAAAUAUGUAAAGAAAUAGCAAGAAAAAAAAUAGCCAAAACAAAACAGAGGGGAAGCACAACUUUAACAAGGAGAAAUAGACACUGCCACACACACACCAAAAAGUUACAAGGCUUUUCUGAGAUGGAAUAAAAGGAAGUAAGAGCCUUUCCCAGCUCACUCCAGGCUUUCUCAAAAUUGUUUAUCUUAUUCUUUCCAAACAAAGUUCCAGGCACUGAGGAUUUCAAAGGGAACAUCUGUAUAAACAAUCCUGUUCUUUUCACUGUCAGUUCUUCACUUAGUAACAUGCCCUUGAGGGAAACAACUUUUCUCCAAACAUUUCAUGCAAAAAUAAAGCCUCUAGAUGGCAGUGUUACUAGUUUCCCACUUUCUCCUCUGCAUUUUACUUUCUAAAAACAUAAAAAAUCCACUAAGAAGAAAAAAAUACAGGAAUACUUUAAACCAAAAUAAACAAAGGGGAAAUUCUUAAAUGAUGCAUUUUAAUUG